UCGCGGUCCCGCCCCUCACAUCAGCUGCGGGUGAAGGAAUCCCACGUGUGUCUCCUAAUAUAGCCUUACUUAGGUCUUUUCUCUCUCGAAAUACAAUCGACACUCGUUUUUUUUAUACUGGGCUCACGUUAUUUUUGAAGGUAUAACGGAAUAAUAAACGCGCGAAUUAAUUAUGAGUUCGAACUCGCUCGAGCUGGAAGUAUUAGGACCGGGAAAAACGACCGUGGCGAUCACAACGGGGGUUGCGACGAGAGAUGUUGAAAACGGCCGACUGACUUUGCGAGAUCAGCGGGGUGUUGCGAGGGAGACGCAGAACAGAGAAGAUGAAGAUGUCUUGGCGAGAUUUGGGAAGAAGCAGCAACUCACUGUAUGUAUCGUCAUUUGUUUUUCAUAGGUUGAUAAGAAUACAAUAUGAUGUAGAUGGAAUAAUGAGACACACACAGAUGCUAAUUCCAAUUCUACCUCCAGCGUCGCUUCAAAUAUCUAUCUUCUAUUGCAUUCAACAUGAGUAUCAUGCUCACCUGGGAAGUUGUUCUCCUGUAAAGUGUUCCUAGCUCUUUAAAUUUCUACAUGAAAUCUUUCUAAUCGCCAUCUCCAACGCAGUUCCAUUCAAUUUGGGCUUACGAAUGGCGGCCCUGCAGCCCUCAUCUACGGCUUCAUCGCCGCCUGGUUCGGCUCGAUUCUUCAAGCGCUCGUCAUGGCCGAACUCUCAUCGAUGAUACCUCUCGCCGGGGGCGCCUUCAACUGGGUUGCUGUACUCUCCCCAGAAUGGUGUCGUAAAUUCCUCAGCUAUCUCACAGGCUGGCUGACCGUAAUAUCAUGGCAAGUCUUCAUGGCCGACGUGGUAUUUGUUUGUUCGUCUGUUCUCCAGGGCCUCGUUAUCCUCACCCAUCCGGAAUAUGAACCUAAGCUCUGGCAUGCCACGUUGAUCUUCUAUGCGAUCCUAGCACUGGGAUUGUUUUUCAAUGGAUAUUUGGGACGCUUCCUCCCGAGGAUUGAGUCGAUUUGUCUUUUGUUUUAUAUCAUUGGCUUUUUCGGUAUCGUGAUACCGCUUGCAUAUCUGGGCAAGCGUCGCACUGCGAAAGAGGUAUUUGGAACAUUCCAAAAUCUCGGGGGAUGGGAUAGCAUGGGACUAUCAUUUUUUAUUGGGUGGAUCACAUCCACCUCAUCAUUUCUUGGUAAGUCAAUCUGCAGACGGGAAGUUUCUCAAAUACAUCGCUAAUGCUGACUACCAUAUGCUAUAGGCGUGGAUGGAGCCGAUCAUAUUGCCGAGGAGAUUCAAAGCGCAGCUUCAGUCAUUCCGUUCAGUAUAUGGUUUUCCACUGCUGUAAACGGAGCUUUUGGUUUGGGAAUCCUUCUUGCCGUUCUCUUCGCCACCGAGGAUUUCGUAGCUGCAUCUACUUCCGCGACUGGAUUCCCUUUCAUGGAUAUAUUUACAUCAGCGCUUGGUCUUGACGUAGCCUCGGCUUUGGUACUUCUACCCGAGAAGUGAGUCCAAUGACUGGAUAGCAGAGUGUUAACUUCUCGUAGAUCAUCGUCACUUCGGUAGUGAAUAUCUUCUCCGUCAAUAGUCUUUUAGCCACCGCGUCUCGCACACUGUGGGCCUUCUCCCGAGAAAACGGUCUCCCAUUCUCUAGUUUCUUGGUUAAGGUACGUAGAAUUCAGCAUGUAAUAGCACGGAAGAAUGAUAUAUAUAAUCUGACAAUCUGUGCUGCGACUAAUUACCAUGUCAGGUUCAACCGAAAACACGACUCCCUAUCAAUGCCAACCUGACCUCGAUUGGCAUUAAUGUCCUUCUAGCACUCAUUAGCGUUGGCUCUACUGCAGCAUUCCAGGUACAUUGUAUUAAUUCUUCCUAAAUUAAACUUACCAUCAGCCCAAGCUAAUAUACGAUAGGCAUUCUUCUCUGUGGCCGUAGCAGCCUAUUACUCCUCUUUCUUCAUCGCCGCUUGCGUAAUGCUCCAUAAACGUUUAACCACACCCGAAACUGAGCUCCCAUGGGGACCCUUUCGUCUUGGGCGAAUGGGUGUUCCUAUCACCAUUGGAGCCCUUAUCUACACCACCCUUGCCGUAUUCUUUUCCUUCUGGCCAUCGGUAACACCUGUAAAUGCCGUAUCGAUGAAUUAUGCCUCACUUAUAUUCGGCGGGUUCAUGGUAAUUUGUUUGGCGUUUUGGUUCAUCCAUGGUCGUAAGGUGUACAUUGGUCCCAUUUGGGAGUUUGAUGGGGAAUAUAUAAGAACGAAUUAGAAUUAAAAUUUGUAUUGAUAUAUUCCGGGCUAUUAUAUAAUAUUCUCAUUCUGAAAUGAAUUAAUUGAUUUCG